CGAGGGCAGGGUGUUCUGGGAAAYAUUUCAAAAUGGCCGGCGCUUGGAGGUCAAAUUUAGGAAGAUUUGCUAAGGAAAUUCGCAUUCAUCUUUGUCAAACGUCUGAAAAUAGCAAAGGUGUAAGAAAUUUUCUAGAAAAAAACUAUACUGACAUCAAGAAAGCAAAUCCAAAGUUUCCCAUUCUUGUUAGAGAAUGUAGUGGCGUCUUCCCUAAGAUGUAUGCACGAUAUGGUUAUGGUAAGGAAGUCAGUGUUGAACUAUCAGAUAUGAAGAGUGAAGAGGUUAAUCAAGUGAUGGAAAAACUUGUCACCAGUCAACCAGAAUAAGCUUAAAACCUUGAUUUGUAUUGAAAUAAUUUAACACAGUUACUUAUGCUUGUAGUAAAGUGUACAAUAUUCAUAUCUUUAUUAUUUUUUGAGGUUCUUCGUAUAAAAGGUGCAAAUUUGCAGUGAAUACAGCUUGUGGCUCAUGUCGAUGCAUUGCAAAUAAACUGAAUGAGAUUUCUUU